GAUAAGGUUGUUGACAGUGAUACAACAAAUUUGAAAGACUUGCUCGAUGAGAUCACAGAUAUGUAUCCACCAGGUUAUCUAGAAGUAGCACAUGUUCAGUACUACGAUGCAGAUUUGAAAAGCUUCCCAGUAGUUAAUACCGACCAAGAGUUGAUGUUAAUGUUUCAGAAACAUAUUGACAGCAAGGUCGUGCACAUGUUCAUUGCAUACAGUGAUCCAUCAGGAUGCUAUGAGCCUAUCAUUGAGUGGGAGGGUUAUCCUAGUAAUAGCAAUCAAUUUUCUGAGCCAACCAUACCUAGCAGCAGCACACAAGCAAAUGAGGAAACCUCUACAGAAAAUCCAAUCACCGGGAAUGAACAUGUUGGUGUUGAUGAGGAGGGUCUGUAUCUAAAGAUCAACCCUGUACUUGAUCUUGCUGUCGUUGCUUGUAAACAAAAAACAGGACUAUAUUCCCGAGGAUGAGGAUGAGGAUGAGGAUGAGCAUGAGGAUGAGGAUGAGGAUGAGGUUAGUGACGAUGAUAAGGAGUUUGUUGGAGCAGCUCAUGAGGAACCCAUUACCUAUGACAAAGAAGACCCUCCAAUGACAGUAGGCUCCAGUUAUCCGAAUAUGUAUGAAUUCAAGGUGGCACUAUCUCAGCAUGCAAUCAAACAUGAAUUUGAGUACAAUACUGUCAAGAGUGCACCGCAUAGAUGCACGGUAUAUUGUUCAAGGAAAGUUGAAGAUAAGUGUCCCUGGAGGCUGCAUGCUUCAUCUAGGAGCAGGAGCUGCACUGUAGUGGUGAAAAGGAAUCAAUUUGCUCAUAGCUGCUCAAGCAGUCAAAGAAGUACGAAAGUGAAGAAUGCAACCAAAUUUUGGAUAUGCGAGAAGGUGAAGGAUUGGCUCAUUGCAGAUCCUUGCAUUGGAGCAAAAGCAUUGCAGAAGAAGCUUAAAGAGCACUACAAGGUGAAGAUCAAUUACAAGAGAGUUUAUGCGGGUAAGGAACUAGCAGCACAAUAACUCUUUGGUGAUUGGAAUGACAGCUUUGAUAAUCUGUUUCGGUUCAAGGCACAAAUUGAGAAGUCUUGUCCGGGUAGUUUAGUAAUUAUUGAUCAUCAUACAAUAAAUGGCAAAAUCAGAUUUAGAAGAUUGUUCUUUGCUUUGAAACCUUGCAUAGAGGGGUUCCUAAAUGGCUGCAGGCCAUACUUGGCAAUUGAUAGCACCUUUUUAACUGGCAAGUACAAGGGACAGUUUGCUAGUGCUACCGCUAUUGACGGCCAUAAUUGGAUGUAUCCAGUAUGUGUCGGUGUUUUUGCUUCUGAAGAUAAUGAAAAUUGGAUCUGGUUCAUGGAAAACCUUAGGCAAGCUAUUGGAUCACCAAGGGGGUUAGCUAUAUGCACAGAUGCAGGACAGGCAGUGAUGAAUGGGGUAACAACUAUUUAUCCAGAAGCAGAACAUAGGGAAUGCAUGCAUCACUUGGUUACCAACUUCAAGAAGAGGUAUACUGGCAAAGUGUUUGAUGACAACCUUUGGGCAGCAGCUUACUCAUGGAACCCGUACUUGUUUGAGAAGCAUUGGGCUGCUAUGGAUAGAGAAAAGCCUGCUGCAACUGCAUAUCUAAGGACUUGUCAUACUAAGUUGUGGACACGGAGUCAAUUCUCAACCAUAUGCAAGGUAGAUUAUGUGACCAACAACUUGGCUGAGUGUUUUAAUAACUGGAUUAAAGAGCACAAGGGCAUGAAUUUGGAUGACUUGUUAGACAAGCUUAGGCAAAUGCUCAUGGUGAAAUGGAACCACAGGAGGAAAAUCUCUAGACAGUUCGAAGGCUUGAUCCUGCCCCACAUUAUUAAGCAUUUGAAUGAGAAGAGUAGAGAACUAAACUUGGAGGUUAUAGAAUGCUCCGAACAUGUUGCUGAAGUUACUGCAUUGGGAGGUAGUGCCUUUAGGUUUGUGGUGAACUUACAUGAGAAGACAUGUUCUUGUAGACAAUGGCAAAUUUCUGGCAUUCCUUGCAAACAUGCUAUUGCAUUCAUUACCUCACUUAAUGUGCCUCUAGAGAACCAUGUGGACAUGUAUUACUCAGUUGAAAAAUUUAGAUUAGCUUAUGCUCAACUAAUCCCAGCUAUGGAGGACAAGUCACAGUGGCCUCAAUCUUGCCAUGGGUUUUUCAUGCAUCCACCUUUGUUAAAGGCCACAGCUGGUAGGAGAAAGACAGAAAGAUACAAAGGUUGUACGGAGAAGACAAAGAAAGGACAGCACAAAUGUCCUAUCUGUAAAGAUUAUGGGCAUCACUGGCCAAGUUGCAAGAAGGGCAACCCAGAGGAUAUUGCAGCACUGCUGGCUGUGAGAGGACCACCAAAGAAGAAGAGAAAGACUACCAAGGUAUCAACUGAGAAAAGUAUAGUACUUUUUGAUGGUGAAGCACCAGCAUCCUCUAUGACUUUUCCACCAAGCCAAAGUGUGCAACCUACAACUAAGAAGAAAAUUAGAAAAAGGCACAUUAGAUUCUGGAGACUCAAUCAGAUCCAAGUCAGCAGGUAGUGCAGGUAGUACAUACCAGCCUGAGCCCAUUAGCUCUGAGUUUCCCAUGGCUAGGGGAAAUCCACUUGUUGCAGCCAAAGAAAAAGGGAACAAGCUAGCUAAUAAGGCUAAAGAUAAGGGAAAGCUCAUGAAGCGCAAAG